UCCCUCACAAGUCUAAGCUCACACCACCACCACUGCUGCUACUGCAAGUUAAUUCACAAGGCAAUGGAGGCUUCCACAUUUACCCUUCUGCUUGGCCUUGCCUUCCUCACUUUCUUAGCUUCUUUCUCUGCUGCAGAAGAUCACUUCCAUGAAUUCGUAGUUGAAGCAAAGCCGGUGAGGAGGCUGUGCAGAACCCACACCACAAUCACGGUGAAUGGUCAGUUCCCGGGACCAACUUUGGAAGUCAGAAAUGGAGAUUCCAUUGCCGUCAAAGUUACCAACAGAGCAAAAUACAAUAUCACCAUCCACUGGCAUGGACUGAAGCAGCAGAGAAAUCCAUGGGCAGAUGGUCCUGAAUACGUCACACAAUGCCCUAUCCAGCCAGGAGCUACUUACACAUACAGGUUCACAAUCACAGACCAAGAGGGCACUUUGUGGUGGCAUGCUCACAGCAGAUGGCUUAGAGCCACUGUCUACGGAGCCCUCAUCAUCUACCCUAGAUUGGGUUCUCCCUACCCCUUCCCAAUGCCGAAACGAGAAGUUCCCCUUCUUCUUGGGGAAUGGUUUGAUCGAAACCCCCUCGAUGUCCAGAGGCUUGCGGCUUUCACAGGAGGAGCACCCAAUGUCUCUGAUGCAUACACCAUUAAUGGCCAGCCUGGUGAUCUUUACAGAUGUUCCAAACAAGAAACCAUUCGAAUUCCAGUUGAAUCGGGCGAGUCACUUCUCUUGAGAGUCGUCAACUCUGCACUCAAUCAAGAACUCUUCUUUACUGUUGCCAACCACCAACUGACUGUUGUGAGCGCUGACGCAGCUUACACAAAACCUUUCACAACCAGAGUUAUCAUGCUAGGGCCUGGCCAAACAACCGAUGUUCUGGUUACUGCUAAUCAGCCCCCUGCUCGCUACUACGUGGCUGCUCGUGCCUAUCAGACUGCCCAGAAUGCGCCCUUCGACAAUACCACCACCACUGCCAUCCUUGAGUACAAGAAUGCUGCUUGUUCAAAGAACGGCAAACCUUUAGCACCACUACUGCCUAGGUUGCCAGCUUACAACGACACAGCAACUUCUACUGCAUUCACUGCUCAGCUAAAGAGCCCAUCCCAGGUCAAAGUCCCCACACAGAUUGACGAGAACCUGUAUUUCAUUGUGGGUUUAGGACUGAAUAACUGCACAGUUCCUAACAGCCCUCGGUGUCAAGGACCAAAUAACACCCGCUUUGCAGCUAGCAUGAACAAUGUUUCCUUUGUAUUCCCAAGAAGCACCUCCUUAAUGCAAGCCGCCUACAGUGGUGUACCUGGUGUCUUCACCACAGACUUUCCACCUGUUCCUCCUGUGCAAUUCAAUUAUACCGGAAAUGUGCCCCGGGGACUAUGGUCACCUCGUCGUGGAACUAAGCUCUACAAGUUGAAGUAUGGUGCUAAUGUACAAAUAGUGCUUCAGGACACCAGUAUUGUGACAACUGAGGACCACCCUAUGCAUCUUCAUGGGUACCAUUUCUAUGUGAUUGGAUCAGGAUUUGGAAACUACAACCCCAGAACAGAUCCAGCGAAAUUCAACCUCAUUGACCCGCCACAGAGGAAUACCAUCGGAACACCUCCAGGAGGAUGGGUAGCUAUUCGAUUUAAGGCUGAUAAUCCAGGUGUCUGGCUGAUGCAUUGUCACUUAGAUGCACAUCUCUUCCUGGGUUUGGCAAUGGCUUUUCUAGUCGAGAACGGAAACGGACCACUACAGUCUGUAAUUCCUCCUCCAGCAGAUCUACCGCGAUGCUAAAUUAUCAGCAGAAGAUCACACUAGUAGUUGGCUUUCACUAUAGAAAUUGAAAUACUUGUUCUAUUGCAUUCUUAGAUUAUUAUGUAUUAGGUUGAAUUUGGCGCAAAACCAAGCGUAAUGAUGUUCUAAGAUUCAUACAACCGAUCCCACUUAGUGGGAUAUGGCUUUGUUGUUGUCGUUUUGUUAGGUUGAAUUUGUCAAUGAGUUCCCAUUGUGAUUUCUUUUCCAGUAUCGAGUCAAGAGUUGGACAGUGCUCCAACAAGCAGCUACGUUGUCAUGUUAUGUUCCCAAAUUCAAGGAAAGGAAUUUUAGAUUUGAACAGUUCAGAAUA